UGUCAACCUCGAAGUCAGCCCGAUACCUACGCAAUGCUGUCCAUCCCCGAUUUUGAUCGGGCAUAUCACGUCACUACCCGGUCGAGGACGAUCCUCCUAGUAAAUCAAUUAAUGCCUCCAUCGCCCAGAAUCAGAAGGAGUUUUUUGUGAUGGAUCCAAAUGUUGGAAACCCAUCUCCAGCCAUAACCCUGGAUGAGACAGACCCGUACUCUGUACCUGUCUGUUCAUCCAUCCAUUCAUCAUCCAUAUCAACCAACACGCACAAUUAAGGUCCUGAGUACGGAAUCUCUCCGCCCUGAAAUACCACCGUGCUUUCCGAUCAACUACUUGCACUUCCUGUUUCAUUCUUCACUGCAACUGGUAUUGUCGCUUGCGUUGGCGUAUCGCCUGCAGGUAUGCAGAGCGUUCAGCAUCCUCAGAGUCCGCCCUUUCAUCUGCAACUCGACUCUCGCGCUGCAUUCCUCUCGCACUAUUGAUCCUUCUGGCGCGCUCACACUUUCACUGGGCGCUUUUCAACUGUCGCCAUGGGCCGCGCGACUGGCUGGGUGACGACGGCGCCGCCCUCGACCGCCCAGAGACCACUUACCUUAGUGCGGUGUGUGUUUAGCCAGACACCCUCGGGUGCGGAUCGAGGACCGCACCGCGCGUUGCUCUGCCGCGGUCUUUCUUCAGGUUGGGCGGCUUUGAAAAGCGAACUUCGCAAUAUCGUACCUCUAGAGUAGCAUAAACACAAGCAAUGCCGAUUCGUUUAAGCGCAUUAGACGAGAUAAAGUCAAGAGCAUGCUACAAAUGGAAUGACUUUAAAUUUGAAUCUAUCCAGGUCGUUCUGAGAGACUAGAGUUAUGCCCGAAUUAACUUCUAGGAUAUGGCAAUUUAGUAAUUACCGUUCCUUAGGGAGGUAAGGUAGUUAGUUUGUUGGUCGUUUCAAUUAUCUGAGUCAUCUCGUCUAUCUCACGCGCGACAAUGAUAGCACUCAGAAGACUGUGUCGCGAGCACCCAUCCACUGCCACUGCACAUCAAUCACCUAGGUAAAUUUACGCUUCUUGGCAUGGCACUCCACCUCGAGAUGUGCCUUUCGCAAGCUUUUCUUCCUGCUCCAUUAUCCUCAUCACCACCCAUAACACUGUCGGCGCCGCCGCCAAACCCCAGACCUUGGGUUUAAAACAAGGAAUACCAUCCGCUGCCGGCCGAUCUCUGACAGAAGCACUUCACCUCACUCGAUAAUAGCAGUCCAGUCAGAUGCCUCCUACGCGGCAACAGCCCCAAGCGUGUACAGUACCCGCACCAGGAUCGCCCUUGGGGUAAUACUCCCGGAUCCAAUGGGCGACCCUUGUAUGCCUCCAAAGAGAUCAACUCCAGAGAGAAAUAAAUACCUACCCAGGCUAGGGAGGGAUGCAUACAAGCCUGGCAAGAUAAAACUUCGUGUUGGACUCCUGUAAUCCUGUAACUGACGCCAACCUAGUCGCGC